GAGAAUCUGCGUCGUGCACUGCGUCAGCAACGAGCUCAUCCGCCGAUUGAUGUUGAGACGUUCUUCGGUGCCGUGGCAGCGCCGGAUCUGGAGAAGCUUUUCUCGAAGAGUCGAACGCGUUAUCGUCAGCGAACCUCAUCAGCGGUUUGGUCAUCACCGUUAUCGAAUCCGACCAAAGGAACAAGUAAAUACUUCGCAAUUGAAACUGCGAAUCGACGGUAA